AUGGACACGCUCUCGCGCCUUCGCCGAAAGCCCAAGCCCCCGACCAUCGAAACCGCGGUCCGCCGCUCCAGCAGAGACGCCGCCGCCAGCGGAGAGUGGCCCAAGAGCCCCGAGGCCCCCGCUGCUGCUGCGCCUUCGUCGUCACCAUCUUCGUGGUCGCCCCCGCCCCCGCCGCCGUCGCCGCCACCGCAGCAGCCGCGCAUGCUGCUAAAUCACCAGCAGAAGCAGCAGCAGCAGCAGCAGCCGCCGCUCCUCAAGAAGUCGCCUUUUCGGAGCCUCAAGAUUCGCGCCUCGGCCAAGCGCGCCCGCCGCUCCUCGCCCGCCCACCAGCCCUCGUGCUCGCCCGUCGUCGCAGUCUUCAACCAGGACGGCGUCGCACCGCAGCCCGUGUCACGAUGCACCACCAGCCAUGGCCUCCAGCACCUGACCAACCAUCGCCCUCCGUCCCGCCCCGAGCUGCCGGGUUUCCUCGCCCUCUCCACUCAAGAGAUCGAUCGCAAGUUCCACGAAAUCACCUGGGCGGAACGCCUCCGAGUCGCCGACGCCCACCGCAACCAAAACAUUGACGAGUACCGAUGGGGCCACUACCAGCAGCUCGACUUCCACCUCCGGGGCGCCAUGGACCGCUACAGCAACAUCCGCCCCUGGAACUACAACCGCGUCAGGCUUCACGUCCCCGCCAACCAGUUCGAUUACGUCAACGCCUCGGCCGUCGUCCUCUGCUCGCCCUCCGACGACUCCCUCCCGCCCCUGCGCUACAUUGCCAUGCAGGGCCCCACCGAACCCUCGUUCGACUACGUCUGGCGCAUGGUCGCCGAACAGAUGCCCUCGCCCGCCGUCAUCGUCCAGCUCACCACCAUGCACGAAAACGGCUUCGUCAAGUGCCACCAGUACUUCCCCAACUGCGACGACGAGUCCACCUGGUCCCUCAACGAGGAUGACGUCUGGGCCGACGGCUGGACCGCCCAGCUCACCUUUGUCUGUCAGGACGAGGCCGCCGACGGCGCUAUUGAGAUUCGCAAGCUGCUGCUCGACGUCGAGGGCGAAGACAAGACGCGCGUCGUCUGGCAUCUCCUCUACCGGCGGUGGCCCGACUUUGGCGUCCCCACCCUCCACGACAUGGACGGCUUCUUCGAACUCAUGAGGCUGUCGCGCGAGUACAGCGCUCCCUCGGGGCCUCGCAUCGUCCACUGCAGCGCCGGCAUCGGCCGCACCGGUACCUUCAUCUGCCUCGAGCACCUGAUGCGCGAGCUCGAAACGGGCGCCUUUGACGGUUAUGACUCGUCGGCCAAGACGCCCGACCCUAUCUUCGAUGCCGUCGAGUCCCUCCGCCAGCAGCGCCGCGGCAUGGUCCAGGGCGAGAUCCAGUACCAGUUCAUCUACCACGUCGUGCGCAAGCUCUGGCGCGACAAGUACGGCGUCCCGGACGACGACGAAGGCGGCGCGCACGACUGCGGCGAGCCUGCGCCCAAGAGGCUCGAGGUGGCGGAUCCCUUUACCGACAAGACCGCCGACGCGGUGCCGGCUCCGUAG